AUGUUCUCCCGUAUACGAGGCGCAAUCGACCGGACCAUCGCCGAAGAGCAGGCUCGCCAGAACCAACUAACGACCGCGACGGCCAGCUCGCGAUCGGGCUCAGCCUCGUCACGCCAGACAAACGGUGACAUUAGGCGUACGAAAUCCAAAUCUGGACGUGCCGAUACAAACGAUGCUGAAGCCCCCGUCAACCCCGACCCAGCCGUCUUUGAGGAAGCCUUCGUUAUUGGCGACAGCGAGGAACCCAGCCGAGCCAACACUCCAGCACCGGUACCCCCUGAAAAGGACACUGCCGACUCUGCGCAAAGUGAUGGAAAGAAGUCUCCAGUUGUUGGGGACGCAGGCAAAUCGAUCCCUGCCGACGGCAACGUCCUCCAGAAAUCAAGCGGCGACGAUAGCCAGGAUGCCUCUUCUAAGCGGGAGGCACUUACUGACCAAAGCACUGCGUCUGCAGUAGCUGAGCUUUCUCCUGAUAUUAAGCAGAGACUGCGCAAGCUAGAGAAGCUAGAAGCGACUUACCCAGCGAUCGAGCCCUUCGAACGAGCCCUUCGAGAGAACACGCCACUUACCUCGAUCAGCGACCCUACAGCCUUGACGGAGUACCUCAGCCAGCUCAAGCUCAGGUCGGACAUGGUCAUGGACGAGUUGAAGCGUGUCUCCACCGAGAAAGACGAGCUUAAGAAGAAGACCGAGGAACGCGAUGACAAGAUUAAGAAUUUGGAGAAGAGUCUUGAAGCUGCCAAAUCCACAACUUCUGAGAAGGCUGAAGGCGCUGAAGAAACCGCCAAAUCCAAGUUUCUGGAGGGAGAGGACACACCGGGCGACGAAGGCGAGAACAUUUUCUCAUAUGAUGACGAGCUCCCCAAAAUUCAAUCCGACCUGCAGUCUAAGACGGAAGAAAUUGAGAAGCUCAGUGGCGAGAUUGAGAACCUCAAGCAGGAGCUCUCAGUUGCCAAGGAAAAUAGUGUCGGUCUUGCUGAUAACCUGGAAAAGACUACUGAGGAGCUAAGUGGAUUUCGUGAUGGUGCGGGAGCCCAGAAAACGCUUCAGCUUCAGCUGAAAGAUGCAAAGAAGGAGAUCAACAGCCUCAACGAGCGACUUGAAGCAUCCCAGUCCCAACUCAAGGACCUCGAGGCCAAGGUGGGAGCUGAGACUAAAGACUGGUCAACCAAGCUAGAGAAAGCUGAAGCAUCUCUGGCCGCCUUGGAGAAGCGAGCUGGAGAGAAGGAUAGCGAGCUUGAAAAGACAUCUAACGCGCGGGCUGUUUCCAAGAAACUCAUCGACGACCUCAGCAAGCAGGUUGAAACUCUGAAGAACGAAAAGGUGGAAAGCCAGACCAAGAUUGCUGAGCUCACAAAAAAACUCGAUACUGUUUCCUCUACGAAGGCUGCACCAGCCUCAUCUGCACCGGAGCCUGUGACGUCCACUGGAGCAGCAGCUGGUGGAGCCAAGAAGAAGAGCAAUAAGAAGAAGAAGGCCAAGGGUGGUGCCGCCGGUCCAGCAGCCGCCCAGGCACUGGAGGAGAAAGCCAGCGAGGCUGGCGAGCAGGGUAUCUCCACCAACACCGCGGUUAAUGAGGCCUUGGAGGCAGAGAUUGCUCAGCUCAAGGAGGAGCUGACGGAUAAGAAUGCCCAGGUUGAGCGACUCACUGCUCAGAGGAAGUCUGAGGAGCAGCUCAUGGAGGAAGUUGAGUUGCUGCGUGAUGAUCCAGUUAAUAUUGGGGGAGACCACGUUGAAGCCAAGGACAGGCUCAAGACGCUCGAGGCGGAGAAGAUCGAACUCAAGUCGGAGAUUGCCGAGCUGGAAAAGAAGCUCAAAUCAUCAACGUCGGAUUCAGAAGCAAGCACCAAGGCUCGCAGCGAGAAGGACAAGCUCCAGAAGGAAUACGACGACCUUAAGGAGAAGUCUGCGGCGCUACAGUCCGACCUAGAUGCAACGCAGAAGCUGGCACAGAAUCGGUUCAAGGACCUGAAUGAGCUUCGGGAGGUCCUGCAAAAGGCGCAGCCAGAACUCAAGAACCUGAGGCAGGAAUCGGCCAUGCUGAAGACAGCAAAGGAGGAACUGACCACUAAGGCCAAGGAGCUCAGGGAUAUGGAGAAGAAGGAGAGAGACCUGAAACGUGACUUGGGCAAGGCUCAGCAGCAGUCAUCGAGUUAUGAGAUGGAAAUCAAGAGCCUCCAGGAAAAACUGACGGCCGAGGGCACGGCAAAGGCCCGCCUGGAAGACGAGAAGCGCACGGCAGGACGAGAUGCCCGCCGCGCCGAGGCAGAGAAGACCGAGCUUAGGGUGCAAACAGACAAGGCAGAGAAGGAGCUGAGCAAGGUCCAGGAGGAGAUUGGCAAGUUGCGGCCCCGGGUGAGGGAGCUGGAGGAGGAGUUGCACAAGCUGCGACGCGAAAAGGUGGCGGCGCAGGAGGAGCUUGAGUUCAAGGUACAGCAAUACACCAAUGCGCAAGGCCUAUUGGGUAGCAUGCGCGAUCAGACGACCGAGAUGUCUGUGCAGCUCAAGGAGUCCAAGUCGCAGGCCGAGGCCCUCGAGGAGGAGCUCGCCGAGGUGCAGCGCCUCCUGCAAGAGCGCACGCGCGAGGGUGAGACUAUGCGACGGCUGCUAGCUGACGUGGACGAGCGGGCAGACAACAAGGUUCGAGAAAUGCGGAGCAGGAUGGAGGCUGCGAUUGAGGAUCGAGACCGCAUCGAGGAUGAGUCAAGCACCCAGGCACGUCGCCGGGCGCGCGAGAUAGAGGAGCUCCGCAGCCGAAUCCGGGAGCUAGAGCGAGAAGUCAAGGUUCUUAGCAACGAACGGAACGAGCUGGAGGAACGUAGCAAGGAGUGGCGCCGGCGCAAGGAGGAACUGGAGACACUGGAGGAGAAGGCUGAGUCAGAGACGAUUGAGAUGCAGACGACGGUAUCUCAACUGCGGGCAGCCCUGGACGCUUCCGAGGGUCAGGUGCGUGAGGGCGAGAAGCACAGGCGCGAGCUGCGCAAGCUUCUGGAUGAGGCCCGCCAGCGGUACGAACGCGUAUCCAAAGAUCUCAAGGGAACACAAAGCCGGCUAGUGGCUGCGGGGUCGCUGACGCGCAGCUCCAUCGACUCAAACCGCAGCGGUCUUUCUUCCAACGGCGGCAGUGCCCCUGGUGGCGGCGACAUGAUGUACCUCAAGACGAUUCUUCUGCAGUUCCUGGAGCAAAAGGACGGCAAGCUGCGGGCUCAGCUGGUCCCAGUUCUGGGCAAGCUGCUCAAGUUUGACAGGACCGAUGAGCAAAAGUGGCAGAAUGCAGUACAGCAUAUCGAGGUACGAUAG